AUGACAGGCACUAUUUCCACUUAUUCCGAUUUUACAGAUGACUUCCUUCAGACAAAAACUUCUUCUACAGUGGCUGCUCCGCAACAUUCUUCAUUUCCUCUUUUCCAUACGGCGUCAUCACAGCCCUUGGGACCUGACCCAACAAAUGACAUUGGAGCAUCUACUCCGUGUACAGACCACCACUCACUGCUUGAGGUCAUCAAUGAAGCUGAUACGACUCCUGCAUAUGACACCCACCCACCAAUACAUGAAGUUCCUCUUCUACCUGAAGCUGCUCAAUCAAUGUCAUUCCCUACAACUAAAACAUCGCAGCCCUCCUUCUCCAAUGAAGCUAAGUCUCAAUCUCUAGUUAUCGCAACCCCCACUAAUGCUGAGCUAUCACCUUCCACCUUACCCAUUGUUCCUGAAUCUUCAUUAUCAGAUCUGAUGGUUUCGUGUUCAUGCCUUACAUCACUAGGUGGCUUACCUGGCAAUCUUUAUAUUGACUUUACCUCUGCAUGUUCUCAUUGCCGCUUGUUGCCCCCACUUCCACUCAUAAUGUCCAUCCCCAUGAUAACCCGCAAUAAAGCCAAGGCCCAGCAAUGCCACACUGACUUUGCUGAUUCCAUGGAGGCUCUUCUCACUCUUCAAGCCCACAGAGCCGAAGAGUCUUAA